AUGGCGAUCUUGAGGAAGAAAUCUAUAUGUCUCCUCCGCCAGGGCCUUGGAGACAGGGGAGGAACACUUAGUCUGCCGACUCCACAAGUCGUUGUAUGGCCUAAAGCAAGCGUCCCACUCCCACUCCACAAGUCGUUGUAUGGCCUAAAGCAAGCGUCCCAUCAGUGGUUUGCCAAAUUCUCAGAGGCUAUUCAGUCUGCUGGAUAUGUACAAUCAAGAGCUGACUACUCUUUGUUCACCAAGAAACACGGCAAGUCCUUUACUGCUCUCCUAAUUUAUGUUGAUGAUAUUUUAGUUACCGGAAAUGAUCCAGUGAGUAUUGCUGCACUCAAGAAUUUCCUCCAUUCCCAUUUCCGUAUUAAAGAUCUAGGAGACUUGAAACAUUUUCUUGGUAUUGAGGUUUCAACCUCUAGCAAUGGGAUCUUUAUCUCUCAACGUAAAUAUGCAUUAGAAAUUGUCAAGGAUGCAGGGUUAAUAGGCGCAGCCCCUACUGACAGUCCUAUGGAAAGAGAUUUAAAGUUGUCUGACAAAAGUGACUUGCUAAAAGAUCCAGCUCGUUACAGAAGACUUGUUGGGAGAUUAAUAUAUCUUACAGUUUCGAGACCAGACUUUACAUAUUCGGUACAUGUACUAAGCAGGUUCAUGCAUCAGCCACGAAAGCUACAUAUGGAAGCAGCUUUGCGUGUUGUCCGGUAUAUUAAGAAGGCACCAGGUCAAGGAUUGUUCUUUUCUUCUAAGAGUGAUUUUAGAUUGCGUGCUUUCUGUGAUUCUGAUUGGGCAGGUUGUCCAAUUACUAGGAGAUCCACCUCAGGUUAUUGUGUCUUUCUUGGUCCCUCAUUGGUUUCAUGGAGAUCAAAGCUACAGAAAACUGUUUCCCUCUCUUCAGCUGAAGCAGAAUAUCGAGCAAUGACUGGUGCUUGUUGUGAACUCACAUGGCUUCGAUAUCUUCUCAAGGAUUUGGGAGUAUUGCAUCAAGAACCAGCCCUUCUAUAUUGUGAUAAUAAAGCAGCGCUGCACAUUGCAGCAAAUCCUGUCUUUCAUGAGCAGACUCGACACAUUGAAAUGGACUGUCACUAUAUAAGAGAUAAGAUACAAGAUGGAUCUGUUGUCACCAAGUUUGUGGGUUCUACACAUCAAUUGGCAGACGUUUUCACCAAAACUUUGGGAAAGGAAAUCUUCAUUCUUAUGGUUGGCAAGUUGGGAGUUAGAGACAUUCACUCUCCAACUUGA